GAUACCAAACUCUACGUUAUCAAGUUUACAGUAUUUGCGUCUUUCUAAUAAUAGCUUCGGCGGCAAUGUGCCACUCUCUUUAUGUGAGUCAAUUUCACUGCUAGUUCUUGAUAUAUCAAACAAUAAGCUAUCAGGAGAAAUUCCUUCGUGUCUAGGGAUGUUGCAAGAUCAACUUUUUGUUCUGGAUAUGAUGAACAAUAAUUUAACUGGAAAAGUUCCUAACUCCCUCGGCAAACUAGGGGCUCUUGCAAUAUUGGAUCUAAGCAAUAAUAGCUUGUCAGGGGAAAUUCCUUCUUCUUUGCAAUAUUGUACACAGUUAGUUAAUCUUAACCUCGGAUAUAAUAAUUUUUCUGGAACAAUACCUAAAUGGAUUGGAGAAAGCUUACCGUUUCUCAUGGUGCUCAGCUUGUGCUCAAACACAUUUUCAGGUAGCAUACCUUCGGAAAUUCUGCAACUCGGAUAUCUACGGGCCUUAGAUCUUUCUCACAACAACUUAUCUGGAUAUAUACCCCGAUCUAUUGGAGAAUUAAGUUGGGAAAAAGGAGUUCCUACAUAUUACAUGCCAUUUUCUCUAUACAUGCCAUUUUUUCAAUACAGUAUCUAUAAUGCCUCAGCCAGCAGUGUAUAUUUAGUUGUGAAAGGAGAGGCACGGGAAUAUUCGAAACUUCUUUAUCUACUUGAAACCAUUGACCUUUCCUGUAAUAAUCUCUAUGGAGAGAUCCCUAAUGAGAUAGAAAAUUUACAAGCACUGCAGAGUCUAAACUUAUCCAUGAAUCAUUUGACAGGACAUAUUCCAGAUCAAAUCGGCAAGAUGCGUGCAUUGGAGUCACUUGAUGUAGCAAUGAACAAGCUUUCUGGGACUAUUCCUCAAAGUCUUGCUACGUUGAAUUUUUUGAGCAGUUUAAAUGUGUCGUACAAUAAUUUGUCAGGAAAAAUUCCGUCAGGAAAUCAACUGCAGACUCUCGACGAUCCAUCUAUAUAUAUUGGCAAUCCAUAUCUUUGCGGGCCACCAACUACGCAGAGUUGCUCCACAAAUGAAACAACUAUUAUUUUUGGCAAAGAAUCGCAUGACCGGUUUGAAAGAUUUGGGCUAUACAUUAGCGUGGUGUUAGGAUUUAUAAUAGGAUUUUGGAUUUUUUUUUGCACUCUUUUGUUAAGUAGAUCGUUUAGAAAUACUUAUUUCUCUGCGAUCGACCGUAAGUACGAUAGGCUUUAUGUUGCUGUCGCGUUAACACUCAUUAGAUUGAGAAGGAGAUGUGGGCAAACGUAAUUUGAGUAGCAUUAAUUUUAUGGUGCUCUAAAACGGAAUAAUAUGUUAAUAGUUUACUAAUUAAGUCUAUUAUAUAGCACGCUAUGAUGAUAUGAUAGCUGGGUUUUUGGAAUCACAUUCACUGGAGGUAAAUUGCAAUACUAGUCCCUGAACUUUUGAGAAGUUCCAUUUUGCUCCUAAAAGUUUUAUGCUCGGCAAUAAAUUUAGCCCUAAACUUUUUAUAGUGUUCACUUUACUUUUUAUCCAUAUUUUACUUGCGUUUAUUCAGCAACUACGUAGACAGUUUCUUAAUAAGGCUAUUUAGUUUCGGUUAAUUACAUCUUUGGUUUCCAACUUUUAUCUAAUUAUUUUGGGUUAAUUACAUAUAGGUCCCUGCAAAUAUAGUGGAUUGCAGGUAUAUCUCUGCAAAGUUCAACUUUCAUAAAUUAUCCCUACAAAAGUCCUAAUGUAUUCAGAUGUCCCUAUGGUUAGGAUCCAUUAGAGAACGGUUUAUUUUUUAACAGUAGACUCGUUAAAUGAUAUUUUUGUCCUCACAAAUAUGUCCCUCCAAAACAAUUUUUGCCUUUUUCUCUCUCUUCCUUUUCAAGCUACAGGAACGGGCAGCAACGGUGGUGGCGGCGACGUCGCAGAGCUUGUCGGAGUUGCGGCCAACGAGGACAAGAUUGAGGCAUGCAGCGGCGAGGCGGAAGGCGAAAGUGCGGUCAAUUCGAAAGCGCUCGUAACGACGGCCCACGUGAGCACGACAAUCGGUUCAUCGACGAUGACGAUGAAGAAGAAGAAGGAGAAAAGGAGAAGAAAAAGGAAGAGAAAAAUGAGGAUACAAAGAAGACGAAGAAGGAGGCAGCGGAGGCCGUUGUCCGGCCUCCGCCGCACUUACCUCGGCCGGAGGCGCAACCGAGGAUGGCGAAGUCGGCGACGAUCUCCUAUGAGGCGCACCGCCCGAUCUCCCGCGAGGAGCAUCGUCGACGUGGCCUCCAACGGCUGCUUCCUUUCCAACCACGGCUCCUCCUUCUCCGUCGCGAUCGCCGGCCGCAUCUCGUCCCUCGCCGGCGAUGAAGAAGAGGGAAGAGGAAGAAGAAGAGGAAUAAAAUUGUCAAUUCACUUUAUUAGUUAAUCAGGGUUAAAUAUUUUAACCAUGGUUAACUAAAUUUCUUUAACAGAUACUAAUGAUAAGGA